AUGAAAAGAGUGUACGAAAGUGGCUCCCAAAAAAGAAAAAGAAAGCAAGAAUUGGAAGAAGCUCAAAAGAAAUUAACAAAAAUUACAAAUUUUAUAAGUGCGAAGGAAAAAUCACAGGAAAUUGAAAACUCAAAUUCACAGGAUCCUACAUUUGAAGACGCUGAUUCAAAUUCAGAGAAAGCUGUAUCUACAAAUGAGAAAAAUCAAAUAAAUAAUGACAUGCCCAAUACCAAUAUUUCUUCAAAAUCGCUGCAAAAUAUUCAGUGUUCUGAUGUUGGUCUUUGGAGUCAUUUAUCUAAAACGGAUGUUGAUUACUGGAUUAAGAAGGGACCUUUAGACUGUCAACAUCGCAAUGGACCAUUUGAUAAAUCAAAGAGAGAAUUCACAAAUGCUUCUCGAUAUUGCUCUAAAAAUAUUUUUCAUGGAACAAAAAUUAACGGAGAAAAGUAUGAUAGAGAUUGGUUAGUUUACUCUCCUGCAACGGGAUGUGUUUAUUGUUUCGUAUGUAAAAUAUUUUCUGCAUCGUCAACAUCUCUUGCAAACGAAGGAUUUAGUGACUGGCGUAAUCUAAUUUCUAUUCAACAACACGAAAAUUCUGAAGACCACAGAAAUGCUUUAUUUUCAUUUUUAACGAGGAGACGUGAAUCGAAUUUGGAUUUGCAACUUGACAUGCAAGUUACUCAAGAAAAAGAAUAUUGGAAACAAGUUUUACGCCGAGUAAUAGACGUCAUUAGUACUCUAGCAGAACGCGGCUUAGCUUUCCGAGGAAGUGAAGAAAAAUUCGGCUCAUCAAAUAAUGGCAAUUAUUUAGGAAUCCUGGAACUGAUUUCAAGAUAUGAUCCAUUUCUUGCGACUCAUAUUGGACAAUACGGAUAUUUUAGUAUAUCUGUUGAUUCGACGCCAGAUUUAUCACAUAUUGAUCAAUUGGCUGUAAUUAUUCGAUAUGUCUCACCGGAUAAUGGAUUACCUAUUGAAAGAUUUCUAACAUAUCUUGACAUAAAAAGUCAUACUGGCGAAAAUUUAGCAAAGGUUGUCUUAACAUAUUUAAAAGAUGAAUGCCAAAUUAAUUUUAGUAAUUGUAGAGGUCAAUCUUAUGACAACGCUGCUAACAUGUCCGGAGUAUAUAAGGGAAUGCAAGCUAAAAUUCGAGAGGAAAAUGAAUACGCUAUAUACAUUCCAUGUGCUGGCCACUCAUUAAAUCUCGUUGGACGCUCUGCAGUUGAUUCGUGUCUUGAAGCUGUUCGAUUUUUUUCUACCAUUCAAGGGUUGUGGAAUGCUCAUGCACAAGCUACUUCAGCUGUAGCUAGAGGUUACAAUGAAAUAAUUGCUGCUCUUUACCACAUUGCUGAAGAUGGAAAUGAAAGCGGGGAAUAUCGAAAUGAGGCUUCUGCUCUGAUUAACAUAAUGGAGGAGCUCGAAUUCGUCUUUAUGUUAGAAUUUUGGGAAAAAAUAUUAAAUGAGUUCGACAAAACAUCUAAAGCUCUCCAAAAUGCAGAAAUAACAAUAAGCACAACUGCAAAACUUUACUUUGCACUGUCUCAGUAUGUGCAAAACGUUCAGCAAGAUUUUGAUGACAUCGAGUCUCAGGCAAAAGGAAAACUUCCUGAUAUUGAUUAUAAAUCUGCGAGAAAACGAAAGAUAAAAAGAAGGAAGCAAGUUAAUGAUGAUGAGACUUAUUCAGUAGCAGGACCAUCGACGUUUACCGUUGGUCAAAAACGUUCAUUAAUGGAAAAUUAUGAUAUAAAUGAAAGUGAAAAAAACUCUAAUGAAUGUAGAAGUCAAGAAAACUGUUCUGUAAAUGGAAGUGCAAGUGAAGAAAACAUUGAUUUAGAUAAAAGUGCAGGAAAUGAAAUUGACAUUAAUAAUGAUAAUAAUGAUGAUGGAAGUGGAGAUGAUGUUGAUGAGAAUGACUUCAGUGAAUAUGAUCAUUACAUUGAUGAUGACCAAUACGAAGAAGAUAUUGAAGAAGAAUUUAAUGAAAUUGAAGCGCUUCGAGAAUGGGCUAUAAAAUGCCUCGUGAUCUCUAGGACGCCCUGCGAUUGGUCGCUUGAGAUAGCGGACCUGCCAUCUGGUGGCUUAAAGAAGCCGCAUGGCAGGAGAAGCGAGGAGAACGGCACUUCUUGUGCGGCAACCGUCGUUGACGGACAUCUUUGUACAUCUGGUCAUUAA